CGAUCAGAUCGGACAUUUGAUCAGGGUUGAAAUAUUCUUAGACAUAGUUUCCUGUCCUCUCGAUACUGUCGCUACGCUCUCGUGCAGAACAGAUCAGACAUUGGAGCGCGAGAACCACCAGAAGACGCAAUGUCAACAACGACGGCCAUGGAAACCAACUUGGAGUUGGGCGAAACGAUUCCAGCAUUGACGGCGCACGCCGUCAGCGUUUCGCUGCCAACCUGGCGCUCUAACGUGAGCUACGAAGAGGGCGAAGAAUGGGUGUUAAGCAAGAUGAAGACUGGUUAUCCUCGGUUCUUCAUCAAUAAGACUAUCGAAGCGCUCGCAAAUACUAUUCUUGAGCGCUAUGGGAUGCCAGGUGAACGAGCGAUGCUCUUUCCGUCGGCUACGACCGCUAGGCGCUGCGUCACAUUUUUUAGACAGCAUGCUCUAGACGUUCCUGAGCGGCACCUUCGAAUAUUGAAUUUUGAGUUGAAAGAGCCAGACCAAAUGAAGUAUGCAUCCCCAAAGGUUUCUGCCGUGCUCUUUCCUGGCGAGCACUGGUCAGUAGCAAAACAGUACUGGCAGCACACUGGCGACGGUGUCUCCAGCCGUCGCGCUCAGUACUGCCACGAGCUUCUCAACGCUGGAAUCCUUGAAGAGAAGAGGGAAGACGUGCCAGUGUUUUGCAAAGGACCUCGCCGUUACAGAGAUAAGAAGAGUCUGAGUCAGGACCUUACGGCCACUAUUAAUGGCGCAUCAGACACCCAGGACAGCACCGCGUUCAUUGAGGAGCGCUUUGGCCGAAACCUUGAACUACAAUUUGCAGAGAAGGCAAAAUCGGCGAUCAGGCGGAGGAUAGCUGGCACCCUCACCGCAGAUGUGCCGCUGGAGGAUGCAUUGGAAUUGGAGCAGGAUCAAGCGAGGAAGAGGGAUGUUGCCGGCCUCUCAGAAGAUGAUAUAUAUCUUUAUUCGUGUGGGAUGAACGCCAUCUUUAAUACGCAUCGGACCCUCCUGGCAGCUCUGGGCUCUAUGAAGAGUGUUAUGUUCGGUUUCCCAUAUGUCGACACACUAAAGAUUUUACAGAAAUUCGGGCCCGGUUGCCUCUUCUUUGGACGUGGAGAAUCCGAAGACCUGGAUGACUUGGAAAGGAAUCUAGAGAACGGCGAGAAAUUGCUCGCGUUGUUCUGCGAGUUCCCCGGCAAUCCGCUCUUAAAGUCGCCAGACCUAGCCCGAAUUCGAGCUCUGGCCGAUAAGUAUGAUUUUGCAGUCGUGAUUGAUGAGACGAUAGGCAAUUUCCUCAACGUCAACGUCUUGCCGUAUGCGGAUGUUGUUGUAAGCAGUUUAACUAAAGUUUUCAGUGGAGACAGCAAUGUCAUGGGAGGAAGCGCAAUACUCAAUCCUCGAGGUCGAUACUACUCGCAUCUGAAAAAGGUGUGGGAUCAAGAAUUUGAAGACAACUACUGGGCAGAAGAUGCAAUCUUCAUGGAACGCAACAGUCGCGACUUUGUCUCUCGGAUUGACCGUAUCAACGCAAAUGCAGAGGCUGUGUGUGAAGUUCUUCGUCAGGAUCCACGAGUGAAGCAAGUGAUGUAUCCCAAGUACAACGCUUGUCGUCCUUUCUACGAGCGAUGUCGAACCGCAAACGGGGGCUAUGGUGGCCUGUUAUCUGCCACGUUUCACAAACGAGAACAUGCGAUAACUUUCUUCGAUGCUCUAGACACUGCAAAAGGCCCUAGCUUGGGGACCAAUUUCACUCUCAGCUCGCCGUACGUUAUAUUGGCACAUUACAACGAAUUGGAUUGGGUGAGUGACCGUUUUCCCCUUGCAUAUCUGGCGUCUUAGGCUGUUUCAGCAGAUCAGCUGUUCAGGCGACCUUUGGUACAACAGAAUCCUGGUUGACGUGACUGCAGGCUGAAUCCCUCGGGGUUGAAAGAGACCUUAUCCGCUUUAGUAUUGGGUUGGAAGACACCAAUGAAUUGGCAGCCACUUUCCGAAACGCUCUGGCAGCGAUAGAUGAUGGCAAAGCCGUAUCUGCGUCAGGUCAAUGACAAGCGAACCAAGACAGGUAAACGGUGCUAAGCACGUAAGUCGGAAAGUUGCCUCAAAUGUGCAAUCUUGAGGCGUGCGCCAACCUUCUAGAAGCUGCAUGGAAGGUGCCUGGACGCUAAGACGAGUACGCACUGUAUAAGCACGAGUAAGGGUUGUCAAUUAAUUUCGAAUAAAGAGGAGCGACGGUGGCGAAUGUCAUGGUUGGUGAAUCAUCAUCUGUGCUCUCUGUACAGCCGAAUUUCAUGCCGACAUCUGUGUUCAACUCACAGAAUGCGCACAAAUUUCUGUCAUUGCCGGAUCAGCAACAGCUUGCGGUGAAUCACUACAUGCAGAGCAAAGGCGGGUGAUUUGAAAGAACCCAGGGGAUCUCAUGAUGCUGUACAACAUCUCUUGACGGCCUUCAGCGCACCGUCUGACGAAGGACUCCGCUUUUGAAUGUUGUCUGGUAGCGAAGCUAGAUGCACAACAAUGAGCGCUUGGUGAGACAUAAGUUCCCGAUCUAGCCAUUGCAGUGAAGAUGCCACGAUGAAUGCAGUAGAAGUCCAUUGUUGACAGAUCCGGUGUCAUCUUGUAAAUGCCCUGCCAUCACUGGAGCGAACGAGGGGUUUCAAUAGAUCACCGCAGAUAGUAUCAGGUUGAAUGGAAGCCCUGAUGAGCGGGGAAUCGGCUUGGAAAUGGGACUAAAUCCUACCGGGCUACUGAACGUCAAAAAGUCCACCAUGCAGCAUCCGAGCACGUGCAGAUGUCGCUCCCGCGCUUCUCUAGGAAGACGGUGUAAAGGUGGCUGGAUGUUUCAAUGCUGUAUGAAUGAUGGUGCGCACAGACCAAAAUCCCAAAAGUCUUUACUGGCCCGUCUUUGAAGCUUCUACAGAGUACCUGCUUGAGAACCAUUCAGCCAGAUAUCAUUGCUGUCGGUCCACCAGGUUGCUAGAUGAGUCGUGCCAAUGCAGACAGGAUUGUUGUGUUACGCACACGCGCAUAGAUCUUGGCUCCAUAGCUAUUAGCAAGUUUAACCGCAUCCGUUCAACGUUAC